AAGGAUCCAUUAUUCAUAGCAUUCUCUGUAUUUCAGCAUCAUGGAACUCGCUAUUGCUCCACAGGACCAGGAUAUCUUGCUCAAGACCAAGAACGUCAUCGACACGGCCGUUUUAGACAAGUACAGACUCGCCGGCCAGGUUGCACAGACCACUCUCACCUACAUCACGAAGAUCAUCAAUGACAGUUACCACUUGAACCAGGGACCAAAGCUCACGUCUGCUGAGAUAUGUCUUCUCGGUGACUCCUUCAUGGCUUCCAGCUUGGAAACAGUGUACAGCAAAGGCUCCAACAGUGUCAAUGAGAAGGGUAUUGCGCAGCCUGUCACUAUCGAUGUGAACAAUGUCAAUGUUGGCUUCAGUCCUGAGAUUGACGACGAGUCAAACUCGUUCCAAUUCUUCCAGCCAGGUGACAUCGUGACGAUCUCAUUAGGGUGUCAUGUCGAUGGUUACACUGCCAAUUUGUCCCACACUUUAGUCAUUUAUCCUCCAGGUGAACUAGUUGAUGGUGAGCUACGCCCAACUGGACCAUUGCUUGGACCAAAGGCUGACGCUGUUAUCGCUGCCCACAUUGCCAAUGAAGCAGUGGUUGCUUUGUUGGGUGCUGCACUCACGCCAGAGAAACUACCAGCUAUUCUCAAGCAGUCUAAUAACAAUUCAAACGUUAUAACAGGUACUUUAAUUCGUAAAGUUGUCGACGAGAUUGCAACGUCGUUCAAGUGUGUUGUUGUUCCAGGAUCUCGUGUCCGUCGUAUCAGAAGAUUCUUAGCAGGGCAAUCAGAAGGUAUCGUUGCAGAGAAAGAAUACAAAGGUGUUGCAUGGACUGAGGCUGAUCAAGAGGCUUCUCUCUUGGAGAAGGCUUCUACUUCGCAAGAGUUGAUCAAAGUUGAGAAGUCGAUCAAGAAUACAGGUGUUAGCCAACACUCAGCUAUUCCAACAGACGAAUUUGUUGUUGCACCUGGUGAAGUGUACGUUGUUGACUUAAAAAUGGCUCCUAUCGCUGAGUUCAACGAAGUUGGUUUGGUGACCAUCCAAACCUUGGAUGGAUAUACUGGUAAGAACCACGACAAAGAUGCUCUCAACAUCAAGCCAAGUAUAUACGUGAGAGAUUUUGCCAUGCAACAUACUUUGAAGCUCAAAACGUCAAGACAAACGCUCACUAAGAUCGACAAGACAAGAUCUGUUUACCCAUUCAAGCUCGCUCACUUGUCAGACUCUUUCCCAAUUGACUUGAAGCAAUUGCACUCCAACGGACCUGAGUCUUUGAAACCUGAGAUUGAUGCAAUCAAGAAGGAUAUCAAAUCAUCUCGUCUCGGUUUAUCUGAAAUCACAAACCACCAUUUGACAGUGGCUCGCUCUGUACAAACUGUCAAGUUCUUGCCAUUGCACUUUAUACUCAAUGCUGCAAAUCCAACAGGUGCCCGUGGAUAUGAUGCCGAGAACCCAACACUACCAGGAUUGGAACUGCCAUUACCUCGUCUUGGUGUCUCCUCACUAAAACUCAAGUCCCUCUUGAAGAAGAACUCCCUAGAUAUCCCUGUUGCAAGAGAACAGUCCACUGUUGUCCUCAUUCAACAGGGCAUUUCUUCAGGUGGUAAGCCAGAGGUUCUCAGAUUGACAGGUGGGUCGAAGACCUCCAAACCAUCAUGGGUUCAUUCCAACUUCCAGCUCAACAACCAGAAGCCGCUGAUUCAAGGUGCCCUGGAACUCAUUCAAUUGGGCCAGGAUAGAAGAUUUGGUAUCAACAUCAAGGAGACUCAACCACUGAAAUUGCAGAACGUUUUGAACAACCCGCAGAAAGCAGAACAAAUGGCAUUGGACUAAGACUCUCCUUUCAAAAGAGCUAUAGAAAUGUACAGAAGUGUUUAUGGUU